AUGAUAGGCCGCAACCUACCCCAGUCACCUGGUGAAGGAAUUGCUAGCAACCCCCAUGAUGGAUCAAGGUCUGAUACAUCUCGCAUGAUGCUGCUGGACAAGAACAGCAGCAGCCACUCGAUGAGUAGAAAUGACGAUACAUACAUACAGGUUAUCUGUAUAUGGGUCUCGCACGCGACCGUUGGGUCUGGACUGGGCGCCGUCGACGCCUCGGGGAUCUUGUCGAUACACAUUCCCCGUAUGAAGAUUACCUCACCCUUUCAUUCUCGGGCCAUUCUUCUUGGAAUCUCCCUGGCACUGCCCGCCACAAUGUGUAUUCUCCCAUACUUGAACCUCUCUUUCUUCGCUUUCACCCUUCUCUCUCCUCUUUUACCCCCCCCCACCAUGACGCUGAGGACCGACGCCUCCGGUUCGGAGCGAAAGCCCGACUCAGACUUGGGGUUGGUUGAUCUACUCCCUGAUCAUCCCCGAUCAACGGUUAACGAGAUUGAUGGACCACUUCCCGUGGUAUGGAAAGCGGCAGACCAGGGGGAGUGUGGAAUUUUUGCUCGCCCUGUAAUCUUAACCGGGGCCGACUCAAGCCAGCUAACUUGCUGGAGCCACGGAAAAUCGAUCGCCACUAGUCUUGGAGCCGAUCAGCUGCGUUCCAAUCAUGACACGCUGAGUAUGGAGCAUAGCGAAGAGAAAAGCGCAGCAAAAGUACAGCCGUACCUGCCUGACUACUUCGAGCCAAAAGCAGGGAUGCCCGUGCGUCACAAGGCACCAAGCCUGCAGAGGGUUGUGGAAUUUGUGGAGGUAGAACACAGAGUCGACGGUUUCUUUCCCGGAGGUUUCUUAUGCCCACGCACCCACGUUUCAAAGGCGCACACACACACACACACCCAGGGCACACAGGAUAUUGAGUUCGACAGGCACGCCUCGCUGAGAAGGUCGCUAAACUCUACCCAACUAGUGGUCCCUGGUGCCUGCCUGACCGGGUUCCUCAGGUAUCUAUCUAGUACUGGGCUGGAUUUGCUGCCAGCUUUACCACGCCAGUCACUUAAGUAG